GCAUUGGAAACUUUUCUUGAUUAUGUUGAUCGAGAACAUAAACAUACUCAACAAGAACUAGCGGAUUAUGCUUCCCAUUUAGCAGGACAGAAAAUAACUAGGUUUAUUAUUGGCCGAACUUUAAAAAAGCACGAUAUUACUCAUAAGAAGCUUUCUCCCCAUUUUUCCGAACAAAAUAAAAAGAAAAUAGAGGAGUUUCAAGAAAGACUUUAUCCUUUGCUCGACUUACCCAUUAUGGCUUUGGAUGAAAGUAGUUUUCCUUUAAACAUGGCUCCUCGCUUUGGUUAUUCCAGAAAAGGAACUCGAGCCAAUUUCUAUAAGACAGGCAAAAGAGGUUUGAGUUAUACUUUAAUUCUUUGUGUGGCUAAUGUUGAAAAGUAUGGAGUGGUUCUUUAUCAAAUAGUUAAAGGGGGAGUGGAUGCCAAAGUUUUUCAUAACUUCCUUUCCUACGAAAAGAUUUCAAGCGAGGAUAAGAGUUAUCUCAUUUUAGACAAUGCUCGUAUUCACCAUUCUGAUCGGGCUUGUCAUAAACUAGGUUUAAGUUCCAUUAGGGAAUUGUUAGCAAGUAAAAAUAUCGAACCACUUUAUUUGCCUGCUUAUACCCCAGAAAUGAACCCAGUUGAAUGUUGUUUUAAUUUUAUUAAAGGUGAGGUAAGAAAACAACAACCAGAAACUUAUGAAGAGUUGGAGGUAGCAAUAAAAGAAACUUUAAAACUUCUUCAUGAGAAAGAUCUGACUGGAUGA